AUGUUUGCCAGUCUCAGUCACUCUGUUGUCUUCUUUGCCUUCAUUUCUUCUCAAGUCUUAGGACGGGCUGUACCCCAAAGUGGAUCUCCUUACCAAGAAUCCCAGUCUCUUCAGAGUAUCAUAGCCGACUAUUCCGCCGAGUUAGCUACCCAGGAUCAAGUGAUCAAAAACGUUUGGAAUCAGUUAUACCUUCAGAAUGAAAGUUCUGAAGAAAAGAUUUCGACCCUUUGCAAUGAACUGAUCGAAUCCUACUACCGUCAAAUGGAGCCUCGUAACCGCAUGGUGGAGGUCACACCGACCGACAACGUUUUGGAUUCCAACUCUCUUGAAUACCUUGUAGCUGUAGCAUCACGUUACGCCAACAAUGUGAUGCACCUUGCGCGUCAGAUCAGGCAAGGUCCCCUCGACCUAGCCAGUUCCCCUGCGGUUCUGCAGGUCCUGACACAGGAACACCAAAAAACCCAGAUGUUUGACCAACUGCUCUUAGGUUUGACCGACGUUGCUGAGAACCCGGAAGUAGGCCAGUUCGCGGAAGAUGCUGUCCCCUCAGAAAGCAACGAGCAGCCCAUUUUCGAAGAUAACACGGAAACCACGGAGGGUCUUGUGCUUAUCCAAGAGGAAUCCUCGGAAAUCAGUAAUGGUUCCGGUGUUUCUGUCACAUUUGAAGAAGAAGUCCAGACAACAACCGAGACAGUCGUGACCUCCUACAAGGAGACCUUCACGUAUUGA